GUGAUGCGUGUGUUUUUGUUAUUGUUGUAGGUUAGUGGAACAGCUGAGAGCGAAGAGACGUCGUUGUGCAUCUUUAAAAAAACGCUGAAUCGUUUUCUGACACGGAUGGACUUUGUCUGCCUUUAAUCUAAAUAGGGACGGAUCAAUUGGACAAUCUGCAGAGCAAACAGACCAGAAUAAGGUACUCACCAGUGUUAUUGUGUUGCCAUGGAGAAGGCUUGGAGGGUGGAGUUUAGGAACGUGGGUAGUAGCUACUUCCCUCAGAGCCGCGUGGAAUGCCACUACAGCAUCAGCUCGCAACAUACCUGGGCCAGCCAUGACUGGGUCGGGCUCUUCAAGGUGGGAUGGUUGUCAGUGAAGGACUACCACACCUUUGUUUGGGCCCUGGCCCCGGAUGGCUACCAGGAGGGCACAGAUGUCAACUGCUGUGUUAACUUCCAGGCCUCCUAUCUGCCCAAGUCCAGUUCCCAGCAGUACCAGUUUGUGUACGUGGAUGGGAAGGGAGAGGUGUGCUCUGCCAGCUCCCAGUUUACCUUCAGCGCCCCUAAACCUUUGGAGGACCUGGUCACCCUGGAGGAAGGAGCCCACGGAGAGGAGGGGGGGACCGACAUGCUUCUGGUCGUACCCAGGGCCGAGCUACUGCAGAGUCGCCUGCAAGAGUGUCUUCGGGAGCGAGCCGAGCUGCUCCAUGCACGGGAGUCAGCCGAGAGGAUGAAGGAGAGAGAGAGGGAGAAGUACAGGAGGGCAAGAGAGACGUGGGACAGAGGCUGUGAGGAGCUGGAGAGGAACAUCGCAGACCUGAAGGAAGAGCUGCGAGAAAGCAGAGACAGGGUGGAAGAGAUGGAGAGGAGGCAGGAGGAGGUGGAGGCAUCAGGAGAGGCCUUGGCUCAAGAGAAGAGCUCCAUACUGACUAUGAAAGCAGCCAGCGAACAGCGAAUCAGAGAGCUGGAGGAUGACAUUAAAGCCCUGGCACUGAAGGCUUUGGAACGAGAGACUGAACUGGAGAGGAUGAAGGAGAGGGCCAAGAAGCAAGCAGUUCAAAGGAGGGAGGAGGAGAAAGAGAGGAAAGUUCUGCAGCUCAAGCUGGAGCAGUCCGAGGGGGAGUUGCGCAGUCUGUCUGCUGAGUUCCAGGGUCUGAGGAGCUCCCUGGCCCAGAGAGACACACACGCCCUACAGCUACGUGACACCAUCACCACCCUCACAUACAGGCUGAGUACGGCGCAGCGGAAAGAGGCGGAGAGCGAGGCCGCCCUGGCUGAGAUGCGGGGCCUGCGGGAGCGUCUGGGGGCCAGCGAGCGUUGUGCCGAGGGCCUGAAGGGAGAGCUGUGUGCCCUGGUGGCCCAGAGGGACCAGGGCCAGACAGAGCUGCACCAGGCCAGGCUCCAAGCGGCACAGCUCACCCUGCAGCUAGCCGACGCCAGCCUGGCCCUGAGGGAGGCCAGAGCACACUGGGCCCAGGAGAGACAGAGCCUGCAGUGCAGCACUGAGAAGGCCAGAGAGCGUCUGGAGAAGCUGAAUGGAGAGACGCAGCGGAUAGAGAAGAAGCUCCAGGAGGAGAGGAUGGAGAGAGAGAAGGUGGAAGUGGAGCUGGGAAGAGAGAAGGACUGUAACCGGGUGCAGCUGGGUGAGACAUGCAGGGAGCUCCAGGAGCUGAAGGCCAGUCUGAGGGUGGCCCAGAAGGAGAAGGAGCAGCUGCUGCUGGAGCAACAGGACCUGAUGGAGUACAUGGGUCAGGUGGAACAGAGGAGGGAGGCUUUGGCAGAUGCCAAGUGGAGCGCUGCGGUGUUCGCCUCCACCAGCCUCCAUGACAGUCCUCUGUCUGACUCUGAGGAUGAGAACCCUGAGGCCCUGCAGCCCUCCCGCCAACCCUGCAGGCAGCCCCCCCCCUCCUCCCGCCCCCUUGCCCACUACAGCCUGUGUGACCCCCAAGCCCAGCCUGACUCCCUGCUCCCCUCCACCCCCCCUUCCUCCCCCAGAGACAUGUCCCGGUCCCUGUCCCGAGGGGGCGUCGUCAUCAGCCAGCCCGCUCCCCUGUUGUUGCCCAGGCAAUCGGGCGGAGACACCCUAACACACAGCUCUGAGUCGGAGGAGGAGAAUAACACUGACCAGUGCGGAGGACACAGCUCUGGAGAGGAGGCAGCCCUGCUGCUGCCUGAGACCACAGACACAGUCCUCAGUGACCUGGCUAAUACCUCUCAGUGGUAGAGAGCGGAGAUACAGGACCAAGUCAACAGCAUCACUGUCAGUGUGUUCUUUACUUUUAAUUCAGUAUUCAGCGCACACACACACACACACACACACACACACACACACACACACAAACACA